AAGUCCUAAACGCGGGCAUUAUAUUUCUGUAUUCUUACAUAUAUGUUGUUUAAUAGAAUACACACGGUUAAUACUGUAUUCUUACAUAUAUGUUGUUUAAUAGAGUACACACGGUUAAUAAUUGUUUGUAGCCGGAUACAUUAGUCUGAGCGCACUUUGACACUUCUCCUGUUUGCUAGCUUCACUUAAGGUAGCUUGCAGCUAGUUUAGCUGGCUAGUUAGCUUAGCUUGUUAGCUGCUAACAAAGAGACACGGAAGUUAUUUAAACAUCGCUAAGUAGGGAACUAAUGUGAGUGUAAAGUGUUGUGAUUGUGUGAAAAUGUGCGAAAGAACGAUGGCAAAGUACGAGGAGGAACUUUCUCUAACAAAAGAGGAGAAGGAGCGACAACAUCAACUACUGGAUGUUUAUUAUAAGAAACAUCAUCAAGUUGUGUUACACAGAACAGAUGUCUGUGAAGAACAAUGUCUGCCUGAAAAACAGGAGUCUAGCUUCAGGAUGGUGAAGGAGGAUCCUUCAAAAAGGAUGACCAGGUGCCACGGACCCUUUGGCGUCUCCUUUUCCUCUUUGACACAGACCCUUUCCUGUAAAAAGGAAGAGGAAGAUUCACUGACCCCCCACAUUAAAGAGGAAGCAAUGGAACACAACAUCAGUCAGGAGGGAGAUCAUCUUGAAGGACUGGAGGAGUUCCCAGUGACUGGUGUCCCUGUGAAGAGUGAAUAUGGUGAGGUCAAAGGUGAAAGUGAGGAGAGGGGAGGGGGGGAGCCUCCAAGCAGCAGCUCAACACAACACACGACGACAGAAGCUGAUGGAGACCACUGUGGAGGAUCACAAGCAGACAAGCUCUUAGCUCCACUAUCAGAUAGUGAGGACACAACGUCACACUCUCCUGACACUGAUGAUGAAGACUCUAAAGAUGAUAAGACAUGUCACACUGACAACACUCACUUCACAUGUUCUCACUGUGACAAAACAUUUAAAUACCAUUGUCAUCUGAAAGUACACACGAGAAUACACACUGGAGAAAAACCUUUUCUCUGUUCAAUCUGUGGCAAAAGUUUUGUACAAAGUCCCCAUUUGAAAGUACACAUGAGAACACACACUGGUGAAAAACCUUUUUCUUGCUCAGUAUGUGGUAAAGAUUUUGUUCUAAGUAUACAUUUGGAAGUACACAUGAGAGCACACACGGGUGAAAAACCUUUUGUCUGUUCAAUCUGUGGUAAAGGUUUUACACAAAGCAACACUUUAAAAGAACACAUGUCAACACACACUGGUGAAAAACCUUUUGUCUGUUCAACCUGUGGUAAAGGUUUUACACGAAGUCAAUAUUUGAAAGUACACAUGAGAACACACACUGGUGAAAAACCUUUUUCCUGUUCAAUCUGUGGUAAAGGUUUUAAAGAAAGUCGACAUUUGAAACGACACAAGAGAAUACACACUGGUGAAAAAUCACAUUCCUGUUCAAUCUGCAACAGAAGCUUUGGUGAACGAUCAAACCUUGUAGCACACAUGAGAACACACACAGGAGAGAAAGUGUAGAGUUGCAGUGUGUGUGGUGAAAGAUUCUCUUCUAAGUACCAGUGUGAGAAACACAAGUGUGCUGGUGAGAACAGCAGCAGCAAAUGAAACUGCAGGAUUUGAAAUAAACUGUCCAGACUUUAAUUUUGACUUUCUACAACAUCAGCACAUAUAACAUGCGUGACGUUGUUUGUGUACCAAUCUUUUUAAUAUGCUUCUACAUUUAUAGAUUAGAUAUUUUAUUUUAGUGCUUUUUUCAGUCAAGUACAUGUAUUAAUAUGCAACAUUGUGUACUUUUAUUAAAAAAUGGACAGAACAAUUUGACCGAAAUGGUGAGAGUAAACGGUACGAGACUUCUUUUACAUGCAAUAAACAUUUUGUGUGUAUGUAAACACACACACACACACAUAUAUAUAUA